AUGAAUAAAAACAAUGCAAAAAAGUUUGUUGCUUAUAGUUUGGUUGAGGUUGAGAGUGAUGUCAACAAAUUUGUUUCAGAAGAUCGUGCUCAUCCAGCAGUGGAAAAAAUCUAUGAUGAAUUGAACAUAUUGAUUUCAAUAUUGCAACAAAUUGGGUAUAAUCCAAAUACAAACAUUGUUCUAGAUAAUGUGGGACAGGAGGAUAAAUUUAAAUCCAUCUCAUACCAUAGUGAGAAACUUGCUCUUGCUUUUGCUUUAAUCAGAAAGCCCAAUGGAAUUGCACCUAUCAGGAUUAUAAAGAAUAUACAUGUUUGUGAUGACUGCCAUGUGUUUAUGAAAUUUGCAUCGGUCCAUAUUGGAAGGACAAUCAUUCUGAGAGAUUUAAACAAAUUCCAUCAUUUCUCUGGUGGGAAGUGCUCUUGCAAGGACCAUUGGUAA